AUGAACAUUCAAGGCAUGGCUCUGCACGGGCACAUGAAGCCCGUAACAAUGAUUAAAUUCAACCGAGAGGGGGAUCUGCUGUUUUCAACGGCAAAAGAGCCAAAUGUGAGUGUUUGGUAUACAAAGACUGGGGAGCGAUUAGGCACAUACGAUGGACACAGCGCUAUCUCGGCAUGCGAUGUGAACAACUAUUCUACCCUCCUUGUAACUGGUGGAAUGGACUUCAAGGCAAAGUUGUGGUGCGUUGAAACCGGUGAGGAACUCGCAAACAUUAUGCUUCGGACUCCAGCCCGUGCGGUUGGUUUUUCCCACGACGACAAUCUGUUGAUGGUAAGUACUUCGCGGAAAAUGGGCCAGAAGUCCGCAGUGCAGUUGUAUAAUUUGCCUUUCUUACCUCCCAAGGAUGGCUACAGUAUACACCCGGUGAACACGGUGUUUAAUCCGUGCACAGAGUUUGUGUCUGAAAACGAUGACGUUACUUUUGCCAUCUGGGGUCCCACAAAUGACACGAUUUAUUACUCGACGAGCGACGGCUCAGUUGCCAUCCUGGACGUGGAGACAAUGAGCACUGUUUGCACACACAAACCACAUGAGGAGACGAUCAACCGCAUAUCCUUCGAUUCUAACUAUUACACUCUCAUCACCGCUUCGAAGGACAAGACGGCUCGCCUGCUAGAUUCACGUGAUCUGUCCGUUGUCCAGACCUAUACCAGUGAUGUACCGGUGAACGAUGCUUCAAUUUCGCCACGCGGCGAUCAUGUUAUCAUAGGUGGUGGCAUGGAUGCGCAGGAUGUGACAACACAGGGUGGGCAGACAACAUUCGAGGUGAAGUUUUACCAUAAGGUGCAUGAGAAGCAACUUGGACAGGUGCGGUGCCACUUCGGUACGAUCAACUCCGUCUGUUUUUUCCCCGACGGUCGUGGGUUCGCUAGCGGAGCGUUUGAUGGCCUUGUGAAACUGCACCGCUUUGACGACAAGUACAGCUCAACACCCGGUGCAAUUCCCCUCUGGACACCCGAAGGCAUAUAA